CAAGUAACGAAGUGUUAUUUAAGCCCUCUUUGGCUAGCUAGUCUUUUGCAAGAGUUCCAAUUCACAAUCUUGUGAAGAGAAAGGAAAGGCUUCCAGGGCCAAAGGUGAAAGGAGAUAGUUUAAGGGCAAGCAAACUAGAUGUGCUUAGCUUUGUUGUAGAUAGAGAGGAGGCUGGCUCUCUUCUUCCUCCCUCUCUCUGGGCCACGGGAGGCUUAAUAGCCCUGCGCUUGGUUUUCUUCAAACACACACUCUAACAAGGGUCUCUCUCUCUCUCUCUCUCUCUCUCUCUCUCUCUCUCUCGUUGUGUGAGUGUGUGAAGAGUUGGUAUUAUAUUGCAGGCCAUUAAGUUAUUUCUCUAGCAAGUAGCCAUCUUUUCCCCCUCUCCUAUGCUCAUGCGCCUUCUCUCUCCGCUGUUUCCUGAGAGAUAGAGAUGUUGCAAGUUCUUGUUCUUCCCCUGAUUUGAGGCUUGUGUGUACCAGAUCUGCGUAGCCUCUUGCGCCUUUGUGGUGGAGGCAGCAGAAUUUGGGGUGGUCAGGGAUGAGCAAGGAGGACGUCCUCAAGGUGCAGACCUGCGUGCUGAAAGUGAACAUCCACUGUGAUGGCUGCGAGAAGAAGGUCAAGAAGGUCCUCCACAAGAUUGAUGGUGUGUACCAGAGCAGCAUAGAUGCGGAGCAGGGGAAGGUGACGGUGUCCGGCUUGAUGGAUCCGGAUAUCGUAAUAAAAAAGCUGAACAAGGCCGGCAAGCCCGCGCAGCUGUGGGGCUCCAAGCCUGGCGUGGUAAGCCAGCUCCAAAAGCUCCAGCUUGGCGGCGGUGGCAAGGGCCAGCCCAAGGACGCCGGUGGCAAGGGACAGCCCAAGGACGCCGGCGGCAAGGGCCAGAAGGGUGGAGCGGGUGGUGGCGUCGGUGGAGGCGGGAAAGAUGCCAAGAUGGUGCUGCCGCAGCCGACGCCGCAACAGCUUCAGCAGCUGCAACAGCAGAUGCAGCAGAUGCAGAUGAAGGGAAUGAAGCUUCCUCCACAGUUCAUGGGCGGCAAGAUGCCGUUCCCGGCGGCCGCGCCGGCGAAGGAGUCGAAGACCGUCAAGUUCAACCUCCCUGAGGACGACGAGUUCGGGGACGACGGCAGCGAGUUGGACGAUGAGUUCGACGACUUCGAUGACGACGAGGAUUUCGAGGACGACGGCCUCGACGACUUGUACGACGACCCCAAGAUGAUGAUGAAGCCCGUGCCGCUGGCCGCCGGCGGGGGCAACAAGAAGGGUGGCAACGGCGGCGGGGGCGGCAAUGGUGGCAAGAAGGGCGGCGGCGGGAACGAGAUCCCGGUGCAGAUCAAGGGAAGCGCCAACAACGGCGGCAAGAAAGACGCUGGCGCCAAGCAGAACCAGGGUGGCGGAGGCGGCCACGGCAACGGUGGCGGCGGGCAGCCGCCGUACAACGGCAAUGUAGGCGCCGGGACCCACCCGGGUCAGGGCAAGAAGGGUGGCGGCGCCGGUGGGCCCGCCGUCGGUGGCCCGAUGGGCGGCAUGCCGCCGCAGCAGCCGGGCAUGAUGAGGCCGAACCCGAACAUGAUGGGCGGUGCCGGUUUCCCCGGUAUGGGCCCGAUGGGCGGCGGGCCCAUGAGCAUGCCGAUGGGCCCGAUGGGCCACCCCCACAUGGGGGGCAUGCAGCAGGGUGGUGGCGGUGCCUUACAGGGCAUGCCGGCCGGCGGCAUACCUGCUGCAGGGUUCCACCAGGGCGGUGCCGCCGCCGCCGGUGGCAUACCGUCCGGUCCGGAGAUGCUGCAGGCUGCCGGGAACCCAAUGGCGCAGCAGCAGUACAUGGCCCUGCUGCAGCAACAGCAGCAGCAGCAACAGCAGCAGCAGCAACAACAGAUGAUGAUGCAUGGUCACUGCCACGGCCACGGCGGCGCCGGGUACCCGCCGAUGGCCUACGGGUACGGCCGCCCGCCUAUGCAUUACCCAAUGGCCUACCCGAUGCCGCCACACCCGCAUUCCGAGCCUUACAACGUCUUCAGCGACGAGGACUCCAACAGCAGCUGCUCGGUGAUGUGAGGCAAGACUGCCAAUGCAGUGGCUGGUUGCUUUCUCCUGCUGAUGCUUUGUUCAAACUGAAUCAACCGGAAGGAACUCGUUCAGGUCACAUGUUAUCAUCAGUCAAGAUCAGCAUGGUUGAAACAAACAACACCCUGGAUCAAUCAGUAUACAUGAGGGAGGAGUCCGGCUAGAACAACUCCUUUUCUUUUCCUUAUUACUUAGCUUAUUUUCACCUUUCAAAAAAAAAAAAGCAGCUUCCUUGAAGGCUAAGGUAGGUAUAGUAAUUAUCAAUAGUUGUCAUAAGAGACGAUGAUGGUGCUUUUGUAUGUAGCUCAAGAAGGUGGUGCUUGGCUUCCUUCCUGCCUCCAUAAUGUGCUGGUAGAAAGAAAGGGCAAUUGCCAUCAUACUAUUAGUGAAUUUGUAUUUUGUUAAAAUA